UGGAGCCCCCCUCAGACUUGAAAUUUAAAAUUCUAAAUGAGAACACAGUGCAAAUGUCAUGGAGAAAACCAUCGCAAAGGAUACAGGGCUAUAGAAUACAAGUUGUAUCGGAUACAGGUUCGUAUAUAUUGAUCUCAUCAGUUAAUUGAUGUUUGCCUUACUAGUUAUAGCUUUUCAUGCCAAGCUGAAUGAUAAUUUGCACCAAUUCUAAUGCCAACCCAUUCUCUAUAUACCAGAUGAACCAGCCAGAGAGUUUAACCUCCCUGCCACUGCUACAAAGACAUCUAUCACAGACCUGACUCCUGAUCUGGACUACUCAGUGUCAAUCAACUCCUAUGAUGGCACAGAGGAGAGCAUACCCAUCUUUGGCCAGCUCACUAGUAAGUGCUCAAUAUUCUGAUGCUGUUACAAGGUUAAAAAUAACUUGUGUGAAAAAUCAGAUGGCUUUUCCAAAAGCCUGAUAUGGACUGAUAUCAAAAGGGUUUAACCUCAGAUCAGAUCACUCAGCCAUAGGAACAAUGGGCCAAUUACAUAGUUUCAAGCCUCCAGCUGUCUAUGGUGUAGCUGCCAAGUGAGAUGAAAAACACAAUAUUUUUUAUGGAACAACUGAGAGUUUAUAGCGUUAGGUUCUAGACACAUCAGAAGAAGGAAAUCACAUUUGUUUAUUGAAACUUGAAUCACACUCUGUUUAUAGCUAAUGAACCAGGAAAAAUAUGUUUAUAUGUAUGUACAGGGAGGGAAAAAAGUAUUUGAUCCCCUGCUGAUUUUGUACGUUUGCCCACUGACAAAGACAUGAUCAGUCUAUAAUUUUAAUGGUAGGUUUAUUUGAACAGUGAGAGACAGAAUAAAUAAAAAAAAUCCAGAAAAACGCAUGUCAAAAAUGUUAUAAAUUGAUUUGCAUUUUAAUGAGGGAAAUAAGUAUUUCACCCCCUCUCAAACAGAAAUAUUUCUGGCUCCCAGGUGUCUUUUAUACAGGUAACGAGCUGAGAUUAGGAGCACACUCUUAAAGGGAGGCUGACGUUUGACAACUCGAACCUUCAGCUCCCCCACAGAUUUUCUAUGGGAUUAAGGUCUGGAGACUGGCUAGGCCACUCCAGGACCUUAAUGUGCUUCUUCUUGAGCCACUCCUUUGUUGCCUUGGCCAUGUGUUUUGGGUCAUUGUUAUGCUGGAAUACCCAUCCACGACCCAUUUUCAAUGCCCUAGCUGAGGGAAGGAGGUUCUCACCCAAGAUUUGACGGUACAUGGCCCCGUCCAUCAUCCGUUUGAUGCGGUGAAGUUGUCCUGUCCCCUUAGCAGAAAAACACCCCCAAUGCAUAAUGUUUCCACCUCCAUGUUUGACGGUGGGGAUGGUGUUCUUGGGGUCAUAGGCAGAAUUCCUCCUCCUCCAAACACGGCGAGUUGAGUUGAUGCCAAAGAGCUCGAUUUUGGUCUCAUCUGACCACAACACUUUCACCCAGUUCUCCUCUGAAUCAUUCAGAUGUUCAUUGGCAAACUUCAGACGGGCCUGUAAAUGUGCUUUCUUGAGCAGGGGGACCUUGCGGGCGCUGCAGGAUUUCAGUCCUUCACGGCGUAGUGUGUUACCAAUUGUUUUCUUGGUGACUAUGGUCCCAGCUGCCUUGAGAUCAUUGACAAGAUCCUCCCGUGUAGUUCUGGGCUGAUUCCUCACCGUUCUCAUGAUCAUUGCAACUCCACGAGGUGAGAUCUUGCAUGGAGCCCCAGGCCGAGGGAGAUUGACAGUUCUUUUGUGUUUCUUCCAUUUGCGAAUAAUCGCACCAACUGUUGUCACCUUCUCACCAAGCUGCUUGGCGAUGGUCUUGUAGCCCAUUCCAGCCUUGUGUAGGUCUACAAUCUUGUCCCUGACAUCCUUGGAGAGCUCUUUGGUCUUGGCCAUGGUGGAGAGUUUGGAAUCUGAUUGAUUGACUGCUUCUGUGGACAGGUGUCUUUUAUACAGGUAACAAACUGAGAUUAGGAGCACUCCCUUUAAGAGUGUACUCCUAAUCUCAGCUCGUUACCUGUAUAAAAGACACAUGGGAGCCAGAAAUCUUUCUGUUUGAGAGGGGGUCGAAUACUUAUUUCCCCCAUUAAAAUGCAAAUCAAUUUAUAACAUUUUUGACAUGCGUUUUUCUGGAUUUUGUUUUUGUUGUUAUUCUGUCUCUAACUGUUCAAAUAAACCUACCAUUACAAUUAUAGACUGAUCAUUUCUUUGUCAGUGGUCAAACGUACAAAAUCAGCAGGGGAUCAAAUACUUUUUUCUCUCACUGUAGCUCAGUUGGUAGAGCAUGGCACUUGCAACACCAGGGUUGUGGGUUUCGAUUCCCACGGGGGGGCCAGUAUGAAAACAAAACAAAAAAACAAAACAUGUAUGCACUCACUAACUGUAAGUCGCUCUGGAUAAGAGCGUCUGCUAAAUUACUAAAAUGUAAAAUAUCCCAUUGAAUAGGCUUGAUGAUGUGUUGAUUGUCUUGGGUCAUACAUGGCAUAUGGCACACAGGAUGUCAUGAUAACAGUUCAAGUUCUUUUGUGUUUCAGUUCAAUCCAGUAACACAAGUGGAACAGCAAGGAGGCCGCAGACUUCAGAUGCAAUCAGUAAGAAUUUUUACCUCAAUGUCAACCAAUCUACUCAAUGCCCAUUGCCUGUCAACUUAGCAGUACCAUUUUUGCCAGUACAUUUUUUGUGUUUUUCCAUGGACUUCCAUCAUAAUCAUAAUAUUCUUCACUGGAAUAAUUUCCUAAGCCUCAAAUACCCCUUCUGUACUGAUGAGUUGUCACAGUGUGAGCAGACAGGGGGUCCGACAGUGGCUGAGAAUGUACAUACUAGUUUGUAAUUGAAAACAGUCUUCACAUUGAGGCAAACGGGUUCCUUUUGUGCUCCCAUAAUCCAAAGAGAGGGAUGACGUCACUGUCGUGCCAGCUCUGUGCAUGUCCGUCCUUUAAAUUAAAUGUUGAAAGAAGUGGAAAGGAUUACCGCUCUGACCAGAAGUCCUUUUACUGGAGUUCUGUGCCUCUCCAUGAGUCCAGUCUGUGGAUUGACAGGGAGACACGCUCACUUUUCCCCACCAUGUACGAUUUGGGUGGAAAUUGAACCCAGAAGUCCAGAAAAAACCUUUGCUCCUAGCAGCUAUUUCUGGCAGAACUUUCUUAGCACUCUCAGAAUUGACCUAAUUGUCAAGCUAAAUCCGUAGAAUAUUUGAUGUUUUAUCAAGAAAUCUUCAAAAGGUGAGAAUAACAAGAUGUGAGAAGCACAUACGGAUAUAGAGUCAAAUAGACCUAGGGGAUCUAAGAUUCAAGACAUUCAUAGAAGUCUUGCCAAUUAUUGCAUCUUGGAUGUUCCAGAGAAUCUGAUGGAUCUGUGAUUUAAAAACCCACCAGGGUUUGAAAACAUAAAACCGAACAACACCGCUGAAAAUUUCAGUGAUUAUUUGGUCCAUAAAAACAAAUUUUUGUCUUCAUGACUGUUGGAAUAUCAUCUGUCAAAUAUUUUUAUUAGAGUACCGAAAAGGUGCACCAAUCUGCCAGAUUGUAUUCAGACAAUGAAUUGUGUUCCCUCUCUCCCCCAUCCCCCACUCCACCCCUCCAGAGUGUUCAGUCAGUGCCAUAGCAGACCUAGUCUUCCUGGUGGAUGGCUCCUGGAGCGUUGGCAGGGAAAACUUCAAGCACAUCCGCAGCUUCAUCAGUGCCUUGGCUGGUGCCUUCGACAUCGGAGAGGACAAGACCAGGGUGGCUGUGGUCCAGUACAGCACAGACACCCGCACUGAGUUCCUCCUCAACCGCCACUCCAAACGAGGAGAGCUGCUCAAAGCCAUCAACACCCUGCCCUACAAGGGAGGAAACACCAUGACAGGUAUACAUGAUAGGUGUGAGUAAACAGUCUACUUGGACAGGGCCCUGUGUAGCUCAGUUGGUAGAGCAUGGCGCUUGCAACGCCAGGGUUGUGGGUUCGAUUCCCACGGGGGGCCAGUAUAAAAAAAUAAAUAUGUAUGCACUCGCUAACUGUAAGUCGCUCUGGAUAAGAGCGUCUGCUAAAUGACUAAAAUGUAAAAUGUAAAUGUUUGAUCCCUUACAGUGAGUGCAUGGAUAUCCUGUAGAUCAUUUGUAAAUUCUUGUUGGACCGAAUCUUAACUUGAGAUCUGUGUGUGUAACUAGAACAUUAGUGCCAAUCUUCCAUUUUCUGUUCUGGUUACGUGCUUGUUCUGAAAGUAGGCUUCUGUCCACAGACAGGAAAUGUUAUCUUCUGCUGAAAUGCUAUUUUCUUAAAGGUAAAUUAUGUUACACUCUGUCUCUAGGGGAUGCCAUGGACUACCUGCUGAAAAACAUAUUUACGGAGGUGGCCGGCGCAAGGAAAGGCUUUCCAAAGAUAGCCAUGAUCAUCACAGAUGGAAAAUCCCAGGACCCAGUGGAGGAGUAUGCUAAACGACUCAGGAACAUUGGAGUGGAAAUAUUUGCCUUAGGUACUGCUCUUUCUUGAGAACAUCCUUAUAAUGCUUUUUGUUUGUGUGUGCCUGGAAAUUCUGGAGAUUCCGUAAUGGCUGAUGUCCAGAGUACUCAAUUUCUCAGGCCAAUUUCUAAGUUGUUUUUCACCAUGUAGGCAUCAAAGGAGCAGAUGAGGAUGAACUGAAGGAAAUGGCCUCAACUCCCCACAGCACACAUGUCUACAACGUACCUAACUUUGAUGUGAUCAAGGCAGUGCAGCAGAAGCUCAUCACUCAGGUGUGCUCCAGUGUGGAAGAUCAGCUCAACUCUCUAGUGAGCGGAGAUGAUGGUAAGACAUUAUAGAUUACAUCACAUUUCCAUUGUUUGAUUUAAAUCUUCACCUAUUUCAAGUAUAUUGUCAGAAAUAGGUAUGGUCAAUGUAAAAAAUCCACAACAACUUUGUAACUGUAAAUGUAUUGUUAAAGUGUUGUCUAACCAAACUACAUUUACGUCUCUAGUGGUGGAACCGGCCUCUAACCUCCAGGUGCUUGAGAUCUCCUCUAAAUCCAUGAGGGUGACGUGGGAUCCCUCUCUGGGGGAGAUCACAGGCUACAAGCUGACCCUGAUGCCCAUGAUGGCUGGGAUGAAGCGCCAGGUGGUAUACGUGGGGCCCACCCAGACCUCUGUCAACGUCCGGGACCUGUCCCCAGAGACCGAGUACGAGAUCAGCCUGUUCGCUCUGAAGGGUCUGACCCCCAGUGACGCUGUCCUGGCCAUGGAGAAGACUCAGCCUGUCAAGGUGUUAUUGGGUGAGAUAACAAUCUGUAACAGCUUUCCACUCAUUCACUCACUCACUCACUCACUCACUCACUCACUCACUCACUCACUCACUCACUCACUCAUUCACUCACUCACUCACUCACUCACUCACUCACUCACUCACUCACUCACUCACUCACUCACUCACUCACUCACUCACUCACUCAUUCACUCACUCACUCACGCACUCACUGAAACUUUACAUAGUAGCUAUUUUAAAAGAACAACCUAUUUCACAAUGUAGACCACAUAGAGAUGACAUCUAAUGUAUUUUCCACCCCAGAAUGCUCUCUUGGAGUGGAUGUACAAGCUGACGUGGUCCUGCUGGUCGAUGGUUCCUACAGUAUCGGAUUACAAAACUUUGCCAAAGUAAGAGCUUUCCUGGAGGUCCUGGUCAACUCCUUCAACGUCGGGCUCGACAAGAUCCGGCUCAGCUUGGUCCAGUACAGCAGGGACCCCCACACCGAGUUCGCCCUGAACACCUAUAAUGACAUUGAUUCAGUGGUCAAGGCUGUCCGGACGUUCCCCUACCGUGGAGGCUCCACCAACACGGGCAAGGCCAUGAACUACGUCAGGGAGAAGAUCUUUAUCUCCACCCGAGGCGCUCGAACCAGCGUCCCACGUAUCAUGGUCCUCAUCACAGACGGCAAGUCCUCGGACUCCUUCAAAGACGCGGCCACCAACCUGAGGAAUAUAGAUGUGGAGAUCUUUGCUGUGGGGGUGAAGGACGCUGUAAGGUCAGAGCUGGAAGCCAUUGCUAAUGCCCCAGCAGCGACCCACGUAUACACUGUGGAGGACUUUGAUGCUUUCCAGAGGAUCUCCAAGGAGCUCACCCAGUCCAUCUGCCUGAGGAUCGAACAAGAGCUCCUAAACAUCAAGAAGAAGAGUGAGUAGCCAUUUAACAUACGGGCAAUUCCACAGAAAAAGAACAAUGGAUUUAAUGUCAAACAAAAACCAAUGAUUGCAAAGUCAAACAAACCAUACAACUCUAUGCAUAAUGACUACUUUUAACAAUUUCCAAACUUUGCAUCUGUAGUGUUCUUCAAGUAAAUGUGUUUUUGUAAAAUGUUCAGUGGACACUGAUAAAAGUAGUCCUUGUGCAUAGAGUUGUAUGGUUUGUUUAGCAAUCAUUAGUUUUAGUUUGUCAUACAUUUUAAAGUGAAAAUUCGGAGUCUCAGUAUCACUCUGUUAGCCUGAAGUUACCCGUACCCUUAUAACAAAAGGCUGGGCGUUUUCCUGCUCUGGUCAUGUGGUCAACAAAAACUCCUAGCCCUACUCAUAACAUAUACCCCUGUUUGAAGUUUAGCAUGCUUAACCUGGACUGUACUGUACCUGUAACUAUACCUACAUAACCAUACAUGCUGGUUAACUUUAUUGGCAGCCGCUAAGUGACCUUGAACUCUGUACAGCCCAUUGUAAUCAGUUAUUUGCGGUGUGGUAAAGCAGGUCAGAACUAAGCUGUGCUACUGCAAUAGUGAUAUCAUGAUGUAACUACAUCUCCACUACUCAAAAGGCUGAGUAAUAAUCUUCAUCUAUUAUUACCCUUGGGCCUUGGGUCUGUUUCUUUCUGCCCAGCUGUGUCAGGGUUCUCCCGAGGGUUCUUUAACAAGGUGGUGCUGCUGAGUACACCUGUAACUGCCAUUUCCUGCAAUCUAGAGCAAAAAAAAUACUCAAUUAGGGUGGGGUGCCUGGCCUUAAAUGAUAACAAAUAAAGUAAAUAAAUAAUAAUAAUAAAAACGUAUUUAUUUAUUUAUUUUUGCAGUGGUGCAGCCAGUCGGCGCAGUGCCCCUCUUGCGUUCUUUGGGGAGAACCCUGAUUGUUUUAUCUCUCCUUGACUGAGCAUGCUGCCUUCAAAAUACCACAGAACCAUAUGCCUGCAUCUCAGGGGAGCCCGUUGAGCCAUUUGUUAUCGUUUACGGUUUUUAAACACUAUAGCAACUGACUGGAGACCCUCUGUUAUUCUGACCUAAAUGUCCUGCUAAUUAAAAGGCCACCCGUCUCUGAAAGUCAACAGUAACAUGACAUCAGUUGAUCUGCUGCACUUAUUAUCAGUAAACAAAAAACAAUUAGGCAUUGGCAAUGUCCAGGGGUUUGUAAUAUGAAUGUGUUGCAAUCCUGUCGGCUUAAUGCAUAAUGCUAGCAUAUGAGGAGUGUUUCCUAUGACCAAGACACUCAUGGAAGAUAAAUGGUCAAAGAUGGACCUGUGAAUGAUGUUGAAUGAGUUCAAAUCAUUGGUUCUUAAUGAAUAAGAUAGACGGCUCUGCUUAGCAUUAUCAAAAGCCAUAACGAUUACAUUUCCUGUGAGGACAAAACACAAACCAGUCAUUUAAUUGUGUUUUAUCCCUCUCGUCAGGUCUGAUUGCACCCAGGGACCUGGAGUUCUCUGAGGUGACAUCCAGAAGCUUCCGUGCCACCUGGACCACCGAUUCCACCAACGUCAUGUCCUACCUGGUGCGUUUCCGUAAGGCCGAGGACAUCACCGGGGACUACAUCUCCCUGGCUGUGCCAGCCGACACCACCAGCGCCAUCCUGCCACACCUCACCCCCUUCACCACCUACGAGGUCAACGUGUUCGCCCAGUACGACAAAGGAGACAGUUUCCCUCUGUCAGGGGAGGAGACCACUCUGGAAGGUAAGGGGUUAAAAGCAUACACGUUCAGGGGUUUCACAGCAUAAGCAAGUGAAGAGAUACAGUACACUAUUAGAAAAAAAGGUGCUAUCUAGAACCUAAAAGGGUUCUUCUGCUGUUCCCAUAAGAUAAACCUUUGAAGAACUCUUGUUGGUUCCAGUUUAGAACCCUAUUGGUUCCAAGUAAAACCGUUUUGGAUUCCAUGUAGAACCCUUUUCCCAGAUGGUUCUACAUGGAACCCAAAAGGUGUUCUACCUGGAACCAAAAAGGGUUUUACCUGGAACCAAAAAGGGUUAUCCUAUGGGGACAGCCGAAGAACCCUUUUGGAACCCUUUUUUCUAAGAGUGUAUAUGUUUUAGUGCUUUUGCUGUUUCUCACAAGAAACUUACAUGGCUUCUUCAAGUUGCCUCUUUUAGAUGCAUAUCAUUCAAUAGUUUAAACAGAAGGCUGGGUGUGUAGUCUUUGUCCUUAAAAAUUACAUUGACAAGCCACUGCUAAACAAAACCUGAACGUUCUCCUUUCCAGAACGAGGAACGGUGCAGGGCCUGAGUGUGUCUGAGGAGACCACAGACAGUUUCCGGGUGUCGUGGCUGGCAGCGCCAGGGCCCGUGGUGAGGUACCGGCUGUCCUACAUCCCCGUGAUGGGGGGAGGAGAGAGGCUGGAGACCCAGACCAAUGGACCUGACACCACCAUCGUGCUCCAGGAGCUGUUCCCCAUCACUACCUACCGCGUGUCUGUGUCUGCAGAGUACACCUCCGGCCUGGGAGACAAGAUGCAGGUGGACGGAACCACCAAGGAAGGUUAGUCAGUUAGCCAGCGUGGCUGCUAACACUUCAAUUCCUUACCUGUAGCUAAUGCAGAUUAUACUGUACGUAAGUGAAGAUGCAAUGAUUGGUUGACCCAUGUUUGUCCUUUCCCCCUCAGUCCGUGUUUCUCCCCAUGAUCUCCGCGUCUUCAACGAGACAGUGUCCAGCAUGAAGGUGUCGUGGCGGGCCGCUUCCGGGAACGUUCUCCAGUACCGCGUGGCCUUCAAACCAGCCGACGGCACCGGGGAGAGGAAGGAGAUAGCCGUGAAGGGAGACACCACCAUGGCCCUGCUGAAAAACCUCCAGCCUGCUACUGAAUAUGAGCUGUUUGUCAGCGCCCGCUACACCUCUGGGCUGGGAGACCCCCUCCUGGGUACAGGCACCACCCUAGAA